AUGAAAUUGCUUUUCAGUUAUCUAUUAACAUUGAUAGUAGCUUCAUUCGUUGCAAUAUCGUUUGUAUGGACUUACUGGGAAGCCGAGAGAACAGUUAUCUCUAGAAAUUUCCAAGAUAUUAAACUCGUAAAACAUAAUUCGGGACCAAAGUUGGAAGAUGCACUUAUUGAAAGGAAAACUCUGUUAUAUACGGCGUCUGAAAAUAACACCAAACAAGUUACUAGUACUGCACCUGCUAUAAAGACCACCACUGCCGCGAGCUCAAAACCUGUUAGAAUUGAGACUAUUACUAAAGGGAUUCCGAAGAAAGCGGAACCAUCUCAAAAACUUUUGAAAUCUAAAAUCGUUUUUUACAAUCGAGUAGGAAAGUGUGGAAGCAGGUCUUUACUUCAUCUAGUUCGUGUUUUAGGAAACAUGAAGGGGUUUAAUGUAUUCAGCUCCAAUGACGUUGCUACCGACCAUCCAAAUUCGACCGAAGUCGAAAAAGAAAUGAAAAAAAUUUCUAGUUUUAUUAAAAAACCGACUAUAUAUAAUCGACACAUACAUUUUCUGGAUUUCAAAGCAGUUGGGCUUGAGGAACCUAUCUAUAUAAAUAUGAUACGAGAUCCCAUACAGCGAUUUUCAUCCCAGUAUAAUUAUCUUAAAUACGGAGACGCCGCUUGGAAAGACAAAAAACCCAGGAAUGAUUUACCAGAUAUUAAUGAAUGUGUAAUGAAAAACAUUUCGUUGUGCAAUAACAAGGGUUUCAUGUUCUACAUUGGUUUAUAUUUUUGUGGGUUUGAUGCAGUUUGUUCAAUCAAAUCCCGCGACAGAGUCGAAUUAGCAAAGAAACAUAUCGAUGAGAAUUAUUAUGCGAUUGGAUUAACAGAAGAAUUCGAAAAUACCAUAAAAUUACUGGAAAAAAUGCUUCCAAGUUUUUUCGAAGGAAUUACAAGUUUAUGGAAUGGAAACAUGAAAACGUGGAAGUCUAAGACGACGACAAAACGAAGAGAAAAUUUGACCGAAGAAUCAAUUGAAAAAUUAAAAAAUAGUUAUUUUCUAGAUGAAUAUGAAGUUUAUAAUCACGGUCGAAAAAAAUUUGAUCGACUUAAAAACGAAUUUGGUAUUCAAUGA